GGGGAGAGGAGGGGCGGUUCACGCCCUGCACCCCUGCUCUGGCCGCGCAGGCGCGGUUUGGUGGUCGGACCUGGCACCGUUUCCUCUGUCAGGGCCGCGUCUGCAGAGACAACUGAACGGAGGCCUGCCCUCCUCCCUGAGCCUGCUACGGUUCCCAUCCCGGGCCGCUCCAUACAUACGGAUACCGCCAGGAAACGCUCCGUGCACGCCCGCUGACACACACGCACACUCUCCUGCCUUCUAUUAACCCCUGCCUCCCCGGCCCCGUUAUUGGAGAAGUAGCAUACAUCUCUCGCAGUGGUCCUUGCUCUGCAUGCAUUGUCCCUGUACUCUCCUGCAUGUUGCAGGGCUCCUUGGUGUCAGCCCACCCCUUCCUCUGUGAUCCCAUCUUGGAGUGCACCCUCCCCGGUCUCUGCCCCUGCCUCACCCACCUUGCUCCCCCACACGUCGCCCCAAUUCAAUGGGAGAUCCUGGACAUCUAUCCCUCCAGGUCUGAUGAUACUCUGCAGAAUACCGUCACUCUGAGUCUCCCCUACAAACAUCACUCCCAAAAUGUCUGUGGUGCAGAUUCCCUGGCAAGCUGGUACAGAAUGUGUCGCUAACUAUGACUUCCAGAGGAGAACGGAACAAGAUCUUCCAUUUACUAAAGGAGAAGUCUUGACCAUUGUGGCUGUGACCAGGGAUCCAAACUGGUACAAAGCAAAAAAUAAAGUUGGCCAAGUUGGAUUUAUACCCGCAAACUAUGUACAGAAGAGGGAAGGCGUAAAAUCUGGGACAAAGCUUAGUCUAAUGCCAUGGUUUCAUGGCAAGAUUACGAGAGAGCAGGCUGAGCGACUCUUAUACCCUCCAGAAACAGGCCUGUUUCUUGUGCGAGAGAGCACAAACUAUCCAGGAGACUACACACUGUGUGUGAGCUGUGAGGGAAAAGUGGAGCAUUAUCGAAUUAUCUACAAAUCCGGCAAGCUGACUAUUGAUGAAGAAGCCUACUUUGAUAACCUCAUGCAGCUGGUGGAGCACUACACUAAUGAUGCGGACGGCCUCUGCACCAAUUUAAUGAAGCCCAAGUUGAUGGAGGGAACGGUGGCUGCUCAGGAUGAGUUUUCUAGGAGUGGUUGGGCCUUGAAGAUGAAAGACCUCACACUUUUGCAGACCAUUGGAAAAGGAGAAUUUGGAGACGUCAUGUUGGGUGACUACAGGGGAUCAAAAGUAGCUGUCAAAUGUAUCAAGAAUGAUGCAACGGCACAAGCAUUUGUUGCAGAGGCUUUGGUGAUGACACAAUUACGACAUAAGAAUCUGGUCCAAUUACUGGGGGUGAUUGUUGAAGAUAAGACCAGCCUGUUUAUUGUUACAGAGUUCAUGGCAAAGGGCAGUUUAGUAGAUUAUCUAAGAUCUCGAGGAAGAUCGGUGCUGGGAGGUGAAUGUUUACUAAAGUUUUCUUUAGAUGUGUCCGAAGGUAUGGAGUACCUAGAAGCCAAUAACUUUGUGCACAGAGAUUUAGCGGCACGUAACGUGUUAGUCUCAGAGGACAAUAUUGCCAAAGUAAGUGAUUUUGGACUCACAAAAGAAGCUUCUGCAACACAAGACACCAGCAAACUGCCUGUGAAAUGGACAGCACCGGAGGCUCUGCGAGAGAAGCUUUUUUCAACAAAGUCUGAUGUGUGGAGUUUUGGGAUACUGCUAUGGGAAAUCUACUCAUUUGGGCGGGUGCCUUAUCCACGCAUAGCUCUAAAAGAUGUUGUCCCUCGAGUGGAAAGAGGAUACAAGAUGGAUGCUCCUGAUGGUUGCUCUGCUAUUGUGUACGAGUUGAUGAAACAGUGUUGGCAUCUAGACCCCAACCAGCGGCCUUCUUUCAGGAAACUACGGGAACAGCUAGAGCAUAUCAAAGCCAAGGAGCUGUAUCAGUGAAGGCAAGAAGACCUUGUGUAAUCACAGAGCCCGAGACAGUGACUCAGCCUUAUCAGAAUUGUGGGUAUGGGCACAAAUAGGACUUCUGUGAAAACAGUAAACAUAUAUAUUGGGCUCUCCAAACUCCCCUGCCUUGCACUACCUACCACUCUUGUGCCCAGAAACAGGCUGAAGAGCUCUGCUGGUCUGUAAAAGGAUUGUGAUGUUCUCCAAAAACAGUUGUUACAUUUUAUAUCUUCUUCUGCCCUGAGUGGAAGUCUUCAGAAACAUAGGCACCCCUCAGAGGCUAGGUUUUAUGUUCUCAAAGAGAAGAUUCCAUGGCCAAUCUAUGGGAGAAAUAUAGACCAACACUGAAAUCUGGUUUGCAUUUAGUUCUGCUUUUUCUGUUUGUUUUUUGUUUGUUUUUUUAACAGAGACAUUUCACUUGCUGAAAAUCACCACAGAGACCGGGGGAAUCAUUGCUAUAUACAAUCAGCAAUGGGUACUUUUCAAGUCCUUUAAACUUAUAAUGCAAAUAAUGAUGCAUGCUUCACACCAGGAACUUCCUUUCUGAUUCUUCUCUGCCUUACUUAUUGGGUUAAAUAUAAACUGACAAGCUGAUAAGAGUCCUCUGCUGGAAAGCAGAACUAUGAGGGUUAUACCAUUUCAUGAUAGCUUCUUUCUCUUUCAAGCCUUCCAGCAGAACGUGUCAUAAAACAGUGGAAUCUCUCCCAAACUUGAAAUGUAACACCCUGUACACAUUAUGUAUUCCAAUCCUCUGAGGUCUCACUAUUUCCUACAUAGCCAACAUGAAUAACCUAUAUAUUCUAUAUAGGAGUGCAGACAUUUCAUUUGGAUGUACAUAUGUUAUUACCAUUAUCAUUUCAGGUAAGACAGGUGCUAGCGUUGUUCGAGCAAUCAUCACCUGCUACAGUUUUAGGGUUUGGGUAACCUGAUCACUGCCAGAGCAGAUGGCAAAACAUUUCUUUGCACCUUACAGAGAGUAGUGACUUCUGGGUUGUUCCUUGGUCCUCAUGCAGUUCGGUGUUUUCCGCAUGUCUGUCUGUCAUCCUUUAUUUCUUGUGGUACAGGUAUCGAGUUUUGCAAAAGAAAAUUAUUGGCAGGUUCCAAUAAUAAUUUCUUUGGGGUCACAGCACAUCACCGCGAUGCAGUCCCAAUGUCUCUUUUUGGCCUUUUACAUAGUGUGUCAUGAAAGUUCAGGCUCAUGGUGUGAUGGUGUACAUACUAUGACCUUUUUAAUGUAACAAAAUGAUAAGAUAUGUGGCCAGGACCCAAUGCGAUUUACAUUGACUGUAAUAAUACAGUGAUACAUUAAGGUGUAUCAGUUAAAAUAACUUAGCCUAGAUUCAGAUCUGUCUAUUGCAGGGGAGAGAUUCCUGAGAAAUACCCAUAAAUCUCAACCUUCUCGAGGCGGACAGCACAGUCUUGUUCAUUUUAACAGUGUCUAUAUGCAGUUCAAAGAUUACAGUUUACAGUUUUGUGAUCCAUACGGUCAUUUUUUUAAAUUUCAAGCUUGCUCAGGGAAAGGGUAGAGGAAAUCCAAAAUCUGCAGCUUAUAUAGGAGACAAUGGUAGCAUAGCAGGCACAACUCAAUCCACCUUCCCCUCCCCAUGUCCUUUGUUUUUCACAUUUAUAAAAUGUUAACUGUUGUGCUGACUGUGAGCCUUAAAGAUAUUAUUGGCCUUCUAAAAAAAAAUAUAGAGAUAUCUAUAUAAUCUAAAAGAUUUAUUAAAACUACAAAUAACUUUAUGAUCUAACAAUAUCUUUGCAUGCCUUUUUGUUGCAAACAGCCUUUUAUUUUGGAAUGGCCAAGUACCCAGUCAGAAUAGUGAAGAACAUGGGACAUAGUCACAGCAUAUGCCCCUUCACGCUAUGUUCACACUAGGAUUCAAGUUUAUGUCUCUGUAUUUUUGACAGCAAAUAAAGCAUUAUAGACUUUGCUCGUCUUGCUAUCAAAAAUACCAGAACUCCCUAUGGAAAAAAUGUGUGUACAGAGUCUAACAUUUAACAGUUUUUUUUAAUUUCAAUAAAAGUAAACUCGGAAUUGAAGUAAAGGAUAUGGUAAACUAUUUUCACUUAGAAUUUUGGCAGGGGGAGGUGGGAAUACUCCCAAGCCCUGAACAUCCGUCUGAUUGUGUGCCUGUGUUUUGUUUAUAAUUUGCCAUAUUUUUUUUGCAAAUGGGGGAUGUAGGAGGGUCCAUUUUGUCAUAUAUAUGUAUUAUUUUUUAUUUUGUUACAAAUCACAAAAAUCUGCCUUUACGGUUAAGGAGGUGUUUUACUGGAGUACGAAUCUUAUUUUUAUUGUAUACAAAAACAACAAUGGUUUGGGGAGGAUGGGUGGGAUAAAGAUACAAUCACGCUGGAAAGGUGAGUUUGGAUUUAAUCUUGUGGAAAUUGUGUGCAUGCUGUCUUGUGUCUUCAUUUCCAAAGGCCUUUCCUUUCUUCAUUCCUGUCCAGUGCUUUAAACACAUGUAUAUGCUGCAUUUGGUGGGAUUAAAAUGUAAUAAACCAUUCCAUAUGG